GCCAUGGAGUGGUGGCUCACCUUAUGUUUGAUAGCCCUAUCCACGCUACUUGCCCUUUGGUUUUCUGGUUGCAGGAGCAAGUCCAUGAAGCACCUGCCUCCUCCUGGGCCAUGGACUCUCCCGGUCAUCGGUAGCCUCCACCACAUCCUAAGCGCCUUCCCACACCGUGCCCUUACUGAUCUGGGUCGCCGGCAUGGGCCAGUGAUGCUCCUCAAGCUAGGCGAGGUCCCCCUCGUGGUGAUCUCCAGCGCCGAGGCGGUGGCCCAGGUGUUCAAGGCCAAUGAUGUCGCCCUGUCGAACCAUAGUAGCUCCAGGUUGCAGGACAUCGUGGGCUUCGGCGGUAAGGGCAUCUUGUUCGCCCCCUAUGGUGAGCACUGGCGUCAGAUGCGCAAGGUAUGUAUCACGGAGCUCCUCAGCACCAAGCAGGUGAAGCGCAUGGAGGGGAUCAGGGCCGAGGAGGUGGGAAACCUCAUCCGCUCCAUCAAUACAGCAACAGCUGCCGGCGCAACCGUCAACGUCAGUGAGAUGGUGUCGGUGCUCAGCAACGACAUUGUGACACGGGCGGUGUUUGGUGGCAAGUUCGCACGGCAGGAGGAGUACCUCCACGAGAUCGGCAAACUCAUGGAUCUGAUAGGAGGCUUCUGCCUCGUGGACCUCUUCCCGUCGUCUUGGCUGGUGCAGUGGUUCAGCACUGCCGAGCGCCGUACAAAGAGGAGCUGUGAUCUCAUCCAGAGCAUCAUCGCCGACAUCUUUGAGAAGCGCAAGGCGGCGCGAGCUUCCCGUCAUGGCGCCUACAGCGACGAUGAAGAAAUGCUGAACGUGUUGCUCAGGCUGCUGGAGGAGGAUUCGCUGGCCUACCCUCUAACCACAGAGAUUAUAGUCACCGUCAUGUUUGACAUGUUUGGAGGUGCCACAGAGACUACAGCAACCACUUUGGUGUGGGCUAUGUCAGAACUCAUAAGACACCCUAAUGUUCUGGCUAAGGCGCACUUAGAGGUUCGAGAGGUACUAGGUGAGGGUCGAGCUAUCAUUGGCAAUAGCGAUCUUGCAGAACUCCACUACUUGCGGAUGGUCAUCAAGGAGGUUCUUAGAUUGCAUGCACCUGGUCCUUUAAUCCCCCGCAGGACUAGAGAGAACUGCAAUAUUAUGGGUUAUGACGUCCCUAAAGAUACCAAUGUAUUCAUCAAUGUCUUCGCAACUCACCGGGAUUCUCAAUAUUGGGACAAUCCUGAAGAGUUUAAUCCGGAGAGGUUUGUGAACAAGAAUAUUGAUUAUAAUGGGACAUAUUUUGAAUUCACCCCAUUCGGAGGUGGGCGAAGGAAAUGCCCUGGAGUAGGCUUCGCUUUGUCAAUUUUGGAGAUUACUUUGGCAAACUUUCUGUAUCACUUUAAUUGGACGCUUCCCGGCGGAGCCAGCUCAGUGUCAUUGGAUAUGUCUGAAAAAUUCGGGGUCACUGUACGUAAAAGGUCUGACCUAUGGCUCAAGGCUAUUCCACACGUAUGCUCCAAAGCAACACAUAUAUAGAUCCACCUCAGCAGACAUGGAUGCCCAUAUUUGUCGCAUAUUGUACCUUUAUGUUUACAUUAGAAUAAGAGGAGCUCAUGGGAUAAUUUGAAAAAAUAGGAUGUGAUUAUGGGCCAAAAUGAUAUUUCAAAGCUGUGA